AUGGCAUCUUCUCAUUCAGAGAUACCAAGCUACGCAAGAUUCGCAGAGUUUUCGGCAUCCGACCCAGAACUCACAAUCUUUAGAAGUUUUCAGGUCCUCGCCUCGAGAAACUUACUGUACCUCCAAUCAGCCAUGCUCGAGAUCGAAAACGAGAUGCGCGAGCUAGACGAAGAGGAUGCCCGGGACAUGAUGAACCUGGAGGUCCUACUCUCCACCAAAUGCUGGGAGACCUUCUCAGCAAGAGCAAAGGAAAACUGCGAAAGAGAGGCUGCGAGAAUGAGACUUGUUGCUCGGCUGAAGGAGACUAGUGAGGAUUAUUAUGAAGCUCUCUUGCUCCAAAGCCAAGUCAUGAAGUUUCCCAAGCCCAAUGAUCGUGUCUUUCGAGUUUUUCGGGGCUGGUUCGAGACCGAGCAGCCCUUUGUCGGCUACGGGACAGACCUCCUCAGCCAAAGGAGCGAUUUCAUCGCUCUUAGCCCGUCAAAUGAGACGGACUUCCUCACCAGAUCUCUUCCAAGCUUGGCUGGAAGGUAUCUGCCGGGUUCACGGCACGAAACAAUGGGGGAUGUCAAGUACUACUCCGCUCGUCACGUCACCCGCCUCGUCACAAUAAUCACCGUCCUCGCCGCCUCUCUCGUGAUACAAGCCGCCAUCAUCACCCUCUACCUCCUCCGCAACGAGGCCCUGCGCCUCUGCAUGAUCGCCGUCUUCACCAGCGUAUUUGCAGCCAGCUUGGCCGUCAUGACGGAUGGUAGGAGGACAGAUAUAAUCUUAGCAACGGCAGCAUGUGCAGCAGUUUUGGUAGCCUUUGUCGCACAGGAUUGA